AAAUCUCGACAAAAAAUCAUCACUUCUAGCAAUCAUACAUUUCUUUGUAUAAUAUAGUCUUUUAAAAUUAAUAAUUUAAUUUGAAAAAUAAUACAUUAAAGUAUUUUUCUGCAAAAAAACAGGUGAAAAAUAAUGAAACUUACCUUUUAUUGUUUCUCCAAAUAUGAUUGACAUAAAAUAGUAUGAUAUUUUUCCUUGGCUUGGCUUCGUUGAACUGAAUAGUCUACAAUUAGGAACUGUUUGUCUCAUAACACUAACCGUUUUUACGCUUUUUAGUCAUAUUUAUUACACAAAAUGCUUACAGUACAUCCAGUAAACUCUACAAACGCAUUCCAUGUGGACGGAAUGACCGCAGAUAUGAAAAAAUCCAGCAUCAACGAUGAGAAUCAGGUGCCAAACAGUGGUUCUCAUUUCGUUAAAAAGAACAUCAAAGUCUUGGGAGAAUCUCAAUCACCAAAUGUCCAACCAAUCCAGACAGACGGUGUACAGAUAAUUAAGAAAGAAAAGACCAAAGUAGAAAGACCAAAGUUCGAAGAAGAUGAGCCUCUUCUCAGGGAGAAUCCAUCACGUUAUGUGACCUUCCCAAUUCAAUACAAUGACAUUUGGCAAAUGUACAAAAAAGCAGUUGCCUCAUUUUGGACAGUUGAUGAAGUUGAUCUCACCAAAGAUUUCACUCAUUGGGACAAUCUUAAAGAUGAAGAACGUGACUUUAUCUCACAUAUAUUAGCCUUCUUUGCAGCUAGUGAUGGCAUAGUCAAUGAAAAUCUGGUGGAAAGGUUCAGCAAAGAGGUCCAAGUGACAGAGGCCAAAUGUUUCUAUGGAUUCCAAAUUGCCAUAGAGAAUAUCCACUCUGAAAUGUACAGUUUGCUCAUAGAUUCUUACAUCAAAGACCCCAAACAGAGGGACUUCCUCUUCAAUGCAAUAGAAAACCUGCCAUGUGUUAAAAAGAAAGCUGACUGGGCACUCAACUGGAUUGCUGACGAAAAUGCAGCCUUUGGGGAGCGAAUCGUUGCAUUUGCCGCAGUGGAGGGUAUCUUCUUCUCAGGCUCUUUCGCUAGCAUAUUCUGGUUGAAGAAACGAGGGGUGAUGCCUGGUCUUACCUUCAGCAAUGAGCUCAUUAGUCGGGAUGAGGGUCUCCAUUGUGACUUUGCCUGCCUCAUGUUUAAACAUCUGA